CUGCUGCAGCUCCGGUGGGACUGUUGUCAUGGUAACGCGUGUCCGCGGGCUGUGAAGCGCCCUACAGUGCGCGCUAAAACACCCGGGAAAGACCCCGUUUACAAGCACCAUUUCACCUGACAACAACGCAUUCCACUGAGACACUGCACGCUACAGCGGGACGAUGAUAACGAGGGGAAAUCUUUCAGCACAACAUCCAUUCCUGCUGUAGAGCAUCUCAUGUGCGGCAGUUAAAGAGAAAGGAGUUUGUUUCUUCAGAGAUGUCUGCGCUGAGUGACUCUGGCUUUGAGGAAGAUCUUCACACUUCUGCAGCAGCGGCUUCAAGCGUCGAACUGACCUCAGACCAGCAGGAGUGUGAUUAUGAAGAGAGCUGCUUCAUCAUCCAGAGACACAAUGAACUGCAGUUUCUAGCGCAGGACUGCCUCGCGCGACAACCGCAGAUUACAGCAGAGGCUCGCAGUAAACUGGUCAGCUGGCUCAUAGCGGUACACAGACAGCUCAAACUGUCUUUCGAAUCAUGCUGCUUGGCUGUUAAUAUCAUGGACCGUUUCCUGAUCACAACCUCAGUAGCUGCAGACUGUUUCCAAUUACUGGGAGUGACAUCUCUGCUGAUCGCCACAAAACAGGUUGAAGUGUAUUCGCCUCGCAUCACACAGCUUCUGUCGCUUUGCUGCAAUUCUUUUUCCAGAGAGCAGCUGUGCAAUCUCGAAUGCCUGAUCCUUCUCAGACUCAAUUUCAGACUGGCUGCACCUACCCUUGCUUUCUUUCUGGACUAUUUCACCAGUCGCACUACUGGAUAUCAGACUGAUGGAGCCAUGGAUAAGAUGGUCACUACGCAGGACAGAAAUGUAUGGAAGGAGCCUGAGAAGAAGUGGAAAUGGUUGGCAUGCAAAGUCUGUGAACUGAGUUUGGCUGACUACACAUUUAACAAGUAUAUGCCGUCUGUGAUUGUGCUGUGUGCUAUGAAAGUGGCAAAAGAUCUGCUGAAGAUGCAUUCAGUGCAGCCCACAGACAACAACGCUGGCUCAUCACAGACAUUGGAGUCUUUCUGUUUUCAAGAGUACCCAACAUUUGAAGCUCAGUUUUUGUUUCAGCAAUGCACAGAAGAUCUGAAAUUGUUGGUCUCUCUUAAUCAAGACGCAGUCCAGGACUUCAUAUCAUUAUAAACAAUUAUAUUAGUUCAGUGGUUCUCAAACUUGUCCUGGAGUACCCCCAGCCCUGCACAUUUUGUAUGUAUCCCUCAUCUAUCACACCUGAUUCAACUCAUCAGCUCAUUAGUGGAGACUGCAAGACCUGAAGUGGGUGUGUCACAUAUAGGAAGACAUACAAAAUGUGCAGUGCUGGUGGUAUUUCAUGGAGAGGUUUGAAAACCACUGUAUUACUUCAUUCCACAAAAUGAUCACAUUGACAGUUUGCUAAAACUUACUUAAGUAAUUCACCUGAAGAAAGUUUGCAAAAAAUGCAAAGAUACUGUAGUAACGGAAUUUUUGCUAUACUUAAUUUCUCUUGAAUUUUCCUGAAGACAUGUAAUAUUCCAUAUUCCUCAAAAAAGGGUGGAUUUAUAAUACACAUAAAACAACUUGUAAUGCAGUCCAGCAGAAUUUAUCCCAAAAAUUAUUUAAGCAAAAGUAAGGUUUUAUUUUAAAUGUAUGUGUAUGUAGAAUCCAACUUUUUGAAUUUCUGUUUGUAAAAUUAAAUUGCAAUUCAUUAAAAAAUCUG